UGCAAGACAGAAUUACUGUGACAAUUCCUGAAGUCCUAGUACCAUAGUAGACGCAAGUACCGAACAAACGCCCGCUAUUACCAUAGCCGCAGGCACCCAUAGGUAGAGUACAUAUCCAGCCCAGAAACCUCGAGGACCAAGAUCUCAGGAUCUCACUCAGACUUCGUACAACCACCCCGCACGACACGCUAACCGCCUCAACUGUCCGCGUCCUGUCCGCGCCCUGACGCCAACCACAACACAGUACUCCCACCAAUACCCAGCAGCGACCGCCGACACUCCGCAAAGCCAAACAACAACAGCACCAUGUCCAUCUCCCGCCGCAUUUCGAUCCGCUGGCUACCCGCCCCCGCCUCCGAGCCCACGAGCACACUAGUCCUAACCUCCCCGGCUCGGCGGUUUAUCGACAUCCGCCUUACUCCUCCCACGCCCUCCCCCUCUCACCCGCAGUCCCUAUACUGGGGCUUCACCGGUCUGUCCUCGAACCCCACACCCACCAGCGGACGAUGGACGCACGAAGUCGACUCCCGCGGGGUGUCGGGAUUCGACGAGGGCUCUCUCUCGACACUUCCGAAUGGGGACGUAUUGGAGAACGGGUCGAUGGUCGAUUUCGACGACGCAGAUGCGGGGGCGAAGGCUUACGAAGAGGUUUGGCGGGACGAGGAGUCCGCGACAGUGGUGGUGCUUGAAGAGGUCGAUGGAGCCGGCGGUAGGGUCGUGCGCGUCGGCGAGUGGUGUCAUGGACUCAUUGCGAGGGAUAAGGCGGUGCAUGUGGAGCGCUGGAGGGAUGGGGUGUGUGUCUUCCGGAGUGCCGGGACCCUGGCGAGAGAGAUUGUCCCGCCUGAUGUGUGGAAACAUGAGGAGCUCGCAAUGGGAAGGGUCCUGCAGCAUGCGGAUGUGGUCUGGAAGGUUGUCGAACUGCAUUUGUAA